GCGCGUAGCUUCGCCGCGACGUCCACGGAUAAAAAAGCAGGAGCCCGGAUUGAGAGGGGGAAGACGCGUCUCGAGGACAGAGAAAGAGAGAGGGAAGGAGCAUGGCGAGCGUCAACAAGGGCAGGGACUCGGCGAAGGCGGCGGCGGGCGGGGCAGUGGGAGGGGGAGGGGGUGUGGGGAUGCCGGCGGCGGAGGUGGAGCAGGUGUUCCGGCGCUACGACGCCAACGGCGACGGCAAGAUCUCGGCGGAGGAGCUGGCGUCCGUGCUGCGGGCGCUGGGCGCGCCACCGGGGCCCGGGGAGGUGCGCCGCAUGAUGGACGAGAUGGACGCUGACCGCGACGGCUUCGUCGACCUCGCCGAGUUCGUCGCCUUCCACUGCGGGCCCAGCGGCGGCGCCGGCGCCGGGGAGGGGCAGGAGGACGCCACGGAGGCCGAGCUGCGGGAGGCGUUCCGCAUGUACGACGCCGACCACAACGGGCUCAUCUCCGCGCGGGAGCUCCACCGCGUGCUCCGCCAGCUCGGGGAUAAGUGCUCCGUCGCAGACUGCUCAAGGAUGAUCCGCUCCGUCGACGCCGACGGCGACGGCAGCGUCAACUUCGACGAGUUCAAGAAGAUGAUGGGCGCCGGAGCCAGGCGCUAGCCGCUAGAGGAGGAAUUCGAACCAGCCAAGCAAGACCGAGCUAACAAGUACCUGCUUCUGGCUCCAUGACUCCAAUCCACCCUCCAAGGUUUAACUAGUUCCUGCAUACGUGGUUUACUUAGCUAAUGAAGAUUAAGCUUAAUUGGGUAACCUGCAAUCCAGCUAAAUGGCCUUCAAUUUUAGCCUUUCUUUUAUUUAGUACUCCGUAAUACUCUACUACCAGUAGCGAACACGGUUUUAGAGGCACUCUGAUUUGAUGGUGAACAGGGGAAGCGAUCUUGUCGUGUAAAGCAAAGGUGUGACCUUUUACUGCUUUUGUGUCUGCUCCUAUCUGUAAUCUAAUUGACUAAUCACUGCUUUCGCUCAAGGAGGAACUUUAAUCCCUUUGUUUAAUUUGCCGAGGGCCAGGUGUAGAUGCUUACCCUUCACUCAGACCUGAAAACAUAUUGCUGUUAACUAGUAUUCCAGUAUAUGCACACAAUCUGAAUGUUUUCUUCAGAAAAUC